AAAAUCGCGGUGUUAGUCCCACUAUUUCGGGGUCAAUAUUUCCAUAAAGGGAAACUUAAGUGCCGGAGAUAAAAGCCGAAGGCCCUAAUCGGAUAUCAGCGGAGAUCGGCCAUCAGUUUCCGAAGCCACUGACGGCAUGAAGUGGAGGCGCGAAGGCGUGAUCGCCUCCGAUUGGAGAAGUCUCCACCCAAUACAUAAAGUAAGGAGUAAUCGCCUAGGUAAAACCUCAACUUCUCCUGAUAAAUCUAGUAUUCGAAGUAUUGUGCAACUUCUUUCAAUACCUGGGUGCGUUAGCCAUGGCUUUGCCAAGGAUUGCCGUAUUAGAUGAUUAUCAACACUUAUCGGACCCCUCUUUCUCUAAACUGGUGGGCAAUGGGUACCAUGUGUCUACAUACGUGCAAACAUCGCUCCCCUAUAAUCACCCUGAUACCCCCCAAGAUGCGAAAGAUGAACUAGUGAAAAGGCUUGGGCCGUAUGAAAUCAUCUCCACGAUGAGAGAGCGGACCCCAUUCCCCGCCGAGCUCAUCGACAGGCUUCCAAACCUGAAAUUGCUCCUCACAACGGGAAAUAAGAAUGCCUCUAUCAAUGUGAAGGCGUGUAUAGCCCGUGGUAUCCCUGUGACUGGCACUACCUCCGAAAGAAGAAGUCCGGACAGCACCACACAACACUGUGUGGCCCUAAUCCUCGCUCUCGCAAGAAAUAUCCCUCAGGAUGAUCAUAAUAUGAAGAACGGGGGAUGGCAAACUACUAGCGCGACGGAGCUAGCAGGGAAGGUAUUCGGUACUGUCGGUCUGGGUAGGUUGGGUGUAUCGGUCUCGAGGAUCAUGCACAUAGCCUUUGGAAUGAAAAUCGUGGCUUGGAGCACGAACUUGACUCAAGAGGCUGCUGAUGAAAAGGCCAAAGCUGCAGGAUUGUCUGUCGAGAACGAGAAUGGAGAGAAGACCUUUAAGGUAGUCAGCCGAGACGAGCUGUUCUCUUCUGCGGAUGUGGUUAACAUUCAACUCGUGCUGUCUGAGAGAUCGAGGGGCUUAAUAACGGCAAAUGACUUAGGAAAGAUGAAAAAAUCAGCGCUAUUCGUCAACGCUGCACGAGGACCUAUUGUUGUAGACGAUGAUUUGUUUGAUGUGGCUAAUAAAGGGGCGAUACGUGGCGUAGCAUUAGAUGUAUAUGAAAUUGAGCCACCAGCAAGAGACAGCAGGUGGAGGAACACAAAAUGGGGACAAGAGGGAAAGAGCCAUGUGGUUUUGUCCCCACAUAUGGGCUAUGUGGAAGAGGAGGUCAUCAAAGGGUGGUAUCAGCAGCACGUUGAUAACAUACUACAGUGGCAAAAGGGGGAGGCUCUUGCCGCUGUCUUUAGUGACAAUGGGUACUGACCUACGUCAUUCGCGACUACCUAGGGAUAAGAAUGCAUAGGAAGCUUUGAAGAACCAUAUGGGGGCUCAGGAAAAUUGCGAAGGAAAAAUUGAAGGUGCGAUUUAGAUUUAAAGAGGUCGACCGCAGGUUCGAUCUUGCAUGUAUGCCUAGAUAGGUAGCUGCCUAGGUAUUUUCGAAGGCGCGAUCAGUCUAGAAGAGGUUAAAAUACAGGCUCGAUCUGACGUAUGUAGCUGU